ACAGACAGGGAUUUCGAUACACAAAAAGCCCUAAUUUGAUAUUUGAGGUAUUUAUCGUUACUGAGAGCUCGAGAACGUCUAUUCAAUGGCGGAUCCAUACGGAAAAGUAAAAGCCGGUCGCUUAACAUUCAAAGGCGGCGACCUCGCCAUUCGUAGCAAAUCGAUUGACAAAAAGCACAAAAAGAAGAAGAAAAAGCCCGAAACUAUCCUCUCCGGCGACGACGCAAUCGCCGCCGCUUCCGAAACAAUCGAACCGGAAGAAGGCUCAUCGGCCGUCGGCGAAGAUGUGUACACAAUAGACGCGGCGAAGAAGAUGAAGUAUGAUGAGUUGUUUCCGGUUGAGGCGAAGAAGUUUGGGUACGAUCCGAAAGCGAAAGAGUUGAAGUCGGUGGAAGAGGCGCUUGAUGAUCGUGUUAAGAAGAAGGCUGAUCGCUAUUGUAAAUAGUGUCAAAAUGAGCUCGUUUCGGUAAAAUUCAUCUGAAUAGGGCAUCAGACCUUGUGGGAUUUAUGCUAUGCUGCAUCUUGAUACUGAUUUGUCAGUCCUGUAGUCUGAUAGAGUUAUGGAGAUUGUAUGUAUAGCUGCCGCAAAGGUAUAUGUUACUAUGUGUUGUGAAAUAGACAUUUAGAUAUGGGGAGAAUGUAAUAUUUCACAAAAGUGGGGAAUCUGUAGUUAAAAUAUGAUCUUGAAGUAUUAGACAUAUAACCUCACAUUCAGACUGACAACUACUAUCAGAACAUGUGUCAAAUGGUCAUUCUUUUACAUAUAAUCUGUAGUUAAUAUUGA